AUGGCUGAAGAAAACUCGACACCGGAGGAGAAUAUGAACAACUCGGGGAUGCCAUUCGAGACGAAAAAGCGCAUCAUCGAGGAACGUAUUGCUGAUGUGAAGCAAAGCAUGCUUAAUUUGCGCAUGACAAUGCGCGAAACUACCGAAGCAAGCAAUUUGAAACCAAACAAAGAAGUGCGAGGUGUAUUUUAUCGUGUCAUGAAGUUGCAAAGCAUCGCUAAUAGUGUCUCGGAAAAUUUGAAGAUGCAGCUGGAGGAAUCGAAGAGAAUGCGUGAAAAGAAGCUUUUGGAACACAAACGUCUUCUCGACAAAUCGCGACGCAUCCUGGAUGAAUCCAAAUGUUUGAUUGCGGUUUUCGAAGAAUACGUCAAACAGAAUCGUAAACGCCAGCAGUUUCCUUUGUCAUCCUCAGAGUCCCAUCAAAACAUUAAGAAUUAA